AUGUUAAUAGAGCAUCUCACCUUCGGGGACAUCCUCUCUGUUGCGCCUGCAGUCAUGGCGCAGGCGGACAAUCUGAAAAACCUCAUUCAACGGGCGCAAGCGGAGGUCCUCGUUCGUGAGGCCCUACAGGAAUUGGAUGUCUGGGGUGCCGGCGCGGUCUUCAGUCUCACAUCUUACACCGAUUCACGUAAACAACGUGUACCACUCAUUACGGACUGGAAGAAUGUGGUCACCCAGGUAAAUAAGUUGUCUGCCUACAAAAAACAGCACAGCUCUGUUUAG